AUUCCUUUUAACGAUUUUGAAUUGUUCAAGUUGAAACAUAAGCUUGUUUCUGACAGGACAGUAUUUAUCAGAGCUGCGUUCGGAAAAAGUGAUUGAAAAUUUUGUUCUGACAAAAUGACUUAUUUUAAAGAUAAUAAAAAAAUCAUAAGUCCUGAUUUAAUUAACCAAAUUCGAACAAAAUUUCAAGCUUUCAAAAACAUAGUCAUCGAAUAUUGUGAAGAAAGUUCAAUUCAGGGCUUAAAAUAUAUCGGAGAACGAAAACGGCCAUUCUUCGAUAGAAUCAUUUGGCUAUUUGCUGUCAUCAUUUCAAUAUCAUUGUGUUACUAUCUAAUUGGAAAUAUUUUCAAUCAACGCACUAAAACUCCAGUCAUUGUAACAUUCAAUGAAAAAGUAACACCCGUUUGGGAUAUUCCAUUUCCAACAGUCACAAUAUGCCCCGAAACCAAAUACCACACAAAUCUAUUCAAUUAUACAAAAGUUUAUCAAAAAGUUAAAGACAAACAAAAUCUUACAAAGGAGGAAACUGAUAUGUUUGAUGCAAUUGCACAAACAUGUGUAGUAUCUAGGUUAUUUCUCGAUCAAAGAUUGGCCAUCGCCUAUUCAUCAGAUCUAAUCAAAGCUAUGUUGACUGUAGCUCCCACAUUAAAUGAGACUUUAUCAGAGUGCCUUUUUAAAAAAUACAGCGACGGCGUGGAGCAAACAUGUAAUGCACUAUUUGAUACUAUCUUGACAAAUGAAGGAAUUUGUUUUACGUUUAAUUCGCUUAAAUCUAAUUACUAUCGACCAGAAUUGCUCAAAGUACGCAAAGCAGAUUUUAUCGGUACCCGAUUUGAAAAUGAUAAAGAAAUAAAAUGGGAUUUAGAAAAUGGCUAUGACCCAAAAGCUAAUGAAGAUGCUUUUCCAUAUCGUGCUUUAGAUGCUGGAGACCUGCAAAGUCUUGUUGUAACUCUGGCAGAUCGAAUAGAAGACAAACAAGAAAUAUGUAGAAAUUAUGUUCAAGGUUUUAAAAUAGCUGUUCACACUCCCGGAGAAGACAUACAAAUACUGUCGAAUAAUUAUAUCAACGUUCCCUUGGAUCAAUCCGUUUCGAUUACAAUCACGCCGAAGGUGGUGACAUCUGAUGACUUGCGUCAUUAUACUCCAGAAGAACGCCAAUGCUAUUAUCAAAAUGAACCGUAUUUGAGGUAUUUCAAAGUCUACACUCAGGCGAAUUGUGAAUUGGAAUGGCUGACAAAUGCUACACUAUUAGAAUGUGGAUGUGUCAAAUUUGCAAUGCCAAGAAAUGCUUCUCAUUUAGUUUGUGGGUAUGAAAGUGAUUAUUGCGUUGACCUUAUUACAAGCUACAGUAGAACUUUGACAUUUAGAAAAGAAAAAGAUAUGGAAUUGAAGCAUAGUUGUUAUGAAAAAGGUGAUUGUAAAAAUUAUUGUCUACCAACAUGCUUCAGCAUUGAGUAUAAUGCAGAAAUUAAACAUCAAAAUAUAAUAGAUUAUGCUCAGGUAUUGAAAACUAAAGUAGACCCUUUCGCCAGUUUUAAAUACAAUUUUUCAACCACUCGAAUAAGUCAAAUAAGUAUUCACUUCAACGACCAUCAAUUCAAUGGUUUAAAACGGUCCGAAUUGUAUAGUACAACAGAUUUAAUUGCAAAUUGUGGAGGUUUAUUGGGACUUUUUAUGGGUGUUUCGAUUUUGAGUAUGGUGGAAUUUGUAUAUUUUUUUACAUUGAGAAUAUUGACGAAUUGGACAAAUACUACCAAAAUACAAGAGAAUAAAAGCAAUGGAAAUAAUGCUUUUUGGACCCGUUCCGUUCGCCACCCAAGGAUUUUUAAAAUCCAUCAGUCGAAACCGAAUUCAAGCAUUCGAUUUAGGAAAUGAAAAUCUAUCAAUAGGUUUUGAGUGUGUUAAACAGCUUUUUUAAAAAAACUCAUUAAAUUAAUUAAAUUAAAAAUAAAACAAAUACUAAAAUGUAU